AUGAGUUAAAUCAUUCAAGAAAAUAAUUCCUAAGUUAGCAAUCAAGCAUAAGAGUCAGAUCAAGAGAUGAAAAAAUAAUAAUAUCAAUUCAUCUAAAGUGAGAAUUAAGUUUUAAGAAAAGGUAAAAAACAUACAAUUCAUCAAUUUUACAAGAAUUAAACAGAUAGAUAUUUGGAAACCCUUAAAUCAAAAAAAUCAAAUGAUACAUCAGAGAUUAUGAAUAAUAGUUUUUAAGCACCAAUUAAUUCAGAGCAAGACUAAGAAUAAAAUAAAGAUCAAUAACUUUUUAUUCGAAAAAAUGAUAGGAAAUAAUCAACUAAGUAAUUUUAUCAGAAGAAUGUGAUGAAAAUGUUAGAGAAAUUUGCUAAAAAAGAAAAUGGAUAAACAAUAGAUGAUAAAAUCAAUUCAAAUUAAACUAAUUAAAAUGAUAUAAAUUAUUCCGAAAAACGAAAUGAAGAAUCAUAAAUUUAUAUGAAUAAUUCAUUAUUUUAAGAAUCUAUCAAAUUAAUUGAACUAAAGAAAAACUUAGAAAUUAUGCAAUCUAAAUAAUCACCUCUAAUUCAAUUAACAAAAGAUGAUAUUUUAUAACUCCAAAAUUAAUAAAUAAAACAAGAUACUACAUAACAAAAUAUCAAUGUUUUUUUCAAUUCAAAUACUAAUUCAAAGGUUAGUGCAAUGAAAGGAAAUAGAAGAAAUCAAUCCAUUCAAAAAUCAUAACCAAAAGUCUAGUUUCCCUUUUUAGAAUAAAACAAUCUAGAUUAAGAAAUUAAUCAAAAUCUUAUCUUAGGAUAAAAUGAAGAAAUUAAAUUAGAUCUUAGUAAAUUAAAUGCAAUCAACAGAAUGGAAAAAAAGAAAAAAAAAAGUAAAAACUAUUAAAAAUUUUAUUAUUAGAUGAAACUUAAUCUGCUAACAGUAAGAGAUCAAUUAGAUCAAAUUGGACAAACAAAACAUUUAAAGAAAAAGCAGAAGAAGUUGCAGUUCCAGCAGUUGGAACUGCCAUUGUUGGUUCUUUAGGAGUAAUGUUAGCUAAAAAUGUUUUAAAAGGAAAAUAAUAAUUAUUGGGAAUAAUACCAGCAUUAGCCUGCAGUGCUUAUUAUUAUUACAAAGUAAAGAAACAAAAUGAAGUCGAAAUGGAAUUUGAAGAUGAAGAAGAUAUAAAUUCGGAAGAAGAACAAGAUAGUACAAGAUUAGAAUAAUGA